CCUGUAAAUGAUUAGGUUUUGGUUUAAUAAUUGAUUGUCGUGUACUAUAUUCCACAGUGAUGUUGUGAGGAGUUUUGAAGGUACCAUAGAGCAGCGCCUUGUAGUGUCAACUUCCCCUAUAAUAAUGAGCACAUUAGCCAGGCGGCGACAAAGCCCCUCUGAAAACAGGAAGUUUGUGAUAGUUCCUUCAUCACCUGCUCUCCAAAAGUCCAGUGAAAGACUUUGUUCAUCUCCCCCUGAAAACACUCUCAUAUAUUUGGAGCCAACAGUACAUCUUCUGUCCUCCAUGACACAUUCCCAUCAAAACAACAGAGAAGCAAACCAUGCCCAAAAUGACCCAGCAAUUUCUCAAGCUGACCCUGUGGCUACAAAUCAUCCCUUUGUAAGACAUGAAAUGCAGACUUUGGAUUGCAGAGAGGAGUACGAUGAGGAUUAUUUAGUGCCUUUCACCAUGGACACAGUUUCCUGUUUCAAACCUAGUGUGUACCAGUCACCACUGAUGCCCCCAGAAAAUAAACCUUUGGAGACCAGAAUACUGAAAAAAGUGAAGGAUGUCCUGUUUGAAGUUGAUAUAAAGACAAUGGCAAUGCAUAUCACCAAAGUUGACUGCAUGGUUGCUCGAAUUCUGGAUACAUCUGAUGAUAUGAUGAAAGGGAUGGGGGUGAGUUCAGGACUGGAGCUGCUUACCCUCCCACAUGGGCAUCAUCUCCGUCAAGAUCUGCUUGAAAGGUUCCACACCAUGUCCAUAAUGCUGGCUGUUCAGCUGCUGGGCUGCACGGGCAGCGCUGAUGAAAGAGCCACCCUGCUGCAUAGAGCCAUCUGCCUGGCCUCUGAACUCAAGAGCAGUUUGGGCAAUUUGUUUGGCUUUGCCACAGUCAUGAAAUGCCUUGAGUUACCACAGAUUGCUCGCUUGGAUGAGACAUGGACAGUUUUACGUCAGAAGUACACAGAAAGUGCUGUUCUUUAUGAGAAAACCCUUAGACCCUCAAUUUGGACGAUGAAUGACGGAGAAGAGAUAAGUAGACCCACAGACACAACUUUUCCCCAUGUGCUCCCUCUGCUGUCCCUUCUUGAAAGAAAUGUUGUGGCUCUUGAGGAGUCAGAGUCAUGGGAAAGUGCAGACACUGGAGUGGCCAUGGUGAGCCAUCUGGAUGCUGCACGUACGAUCGCAUGCAAUGGGAGGAUCUUCAGUGCAAAUGCAGAGGCUAAACUGCAGGGAUUUCAGGAGGAAGUAGAUGUUUGGGAGGUCUUCCUCACAGAGUUUCAGAUGCGUCUCCUGUGGGGAAGCCGUGGAGUGGAAAGAAAUAAAGAUGAACGUUAUUCAAAGUUUGAUGAAGUGCUAACAGCUCUGUCCAACAGGAUUGAGCUUUCCGACUCAGCAAAAUGACAGAAUGAAUGACUGCUAGUCACAUACUAUUUGCAGAAUAUCCACUAUGUUUUAUGAAUUUAUUUAGUUACGUUGAUUUUUUUUUUUUUUGUUCAUAGGUUUAUAAAGGAGAUGUAUGUCUGCCACUGUAUAUAAACUCAACAUAUCUUGCCAUUUUAACUUAUUUGAUUUUCAAUGUUAUUAUUUACAUAGUGUACAUAAAAUUCAUACCCAAAGUUGUAUUUUCAAGACAAAACCUCAACUGUGCUAAUAUUGUUAACGUUGAACUCUGAAGUAUGUGUUUAAUUGCACUGUUAUUGGUUCUUAUAAUCAAUAAUGACCAGAUAAUGGGUAAUAUUUACUCGUUGGUACACGUUUUGGAGAUUUUAAGAUGAUAUAUUUAACUCUACUAUUUCAUACUUACACACAUCAUUUAAAAAUAAAUUCAGAGCUGAUUUAUUCUUUGGUUUUCUUCCAUUUAAGUUACUGUGGUGUAUGUUUCCAAGUGAAAUGUUUGUUUAUCUUAUUUAUUGCCAUGCAUUUACUGAUUUGAAAUUGUAGUGUAUGUACUUUGAUACUAGUCGCCACAUCAUAGUCAAGUAAAUCUUGGGUCAAGUGAAUCUUCAAUUCAAUUCAAUUCAAGUUUAUUUAUACAGCGCUUUUCACGAUACAAAUCAUUGCAAAGCA